AUGGUGAAGGUGUUUGUUUACGGCCCAUGGGGAAGACUGCCACUUCAGGCGACUGAUCCUGGGAGUCUGAUCGAUAAAAUCAAAAAUGAGUUGAAGAUAACUCAUUGCCGAAUAUUCAAGGACAAAGAGAGAAAGAAUGAAAUGGGAAUCAGUGAGCCACUGGUGCAGGGAAUGAGACUGUACGUGGUGAGUGAGAAGAUUGAGAAGACCGAGGUGAAGGCGAACCUGUGCAACCACCCGAAAGAGAAGAGGUGCCUGAACUGUGCCGUAGAGGAGAUCCAGAACGAAGAGGAGGAGAAGAAGAAGAGGGAGAAGUAUCUCAGCAAGGCGACCUAUUUGGAGAUGCUCAAGGCCAAGGGCGUGACUGAGCCAGACUACGACUACAGGAAGCAGAUUUGCGGUGACCACGGUGUGAAUGUCGUUUGCAUGAAAUGCAUGGACAAGGCAAUCACGCUGAUUCCACAGAUCCACAGGAGCGUCGACUACGUUGAGUUUGACACCUCCUUCUACGUCGAGACGUUCGUAAACGCGUGGAAGAACUCAGGUCGCCAGCAACUUGGUCUCCUGAUUGGGAAGUACAAGGCCGUAGACGGAAAACAAAGGGGGGUUGUUUCGCUAAUUUAUGUCCCAGAACAGGCAAACUACCCUGAUGGAUUCAGCCUGGAAAAAUACGAGGAACUGGGGCUGAUGGAUGGCCACGAUGGGCUGGCUGUUCUGGGGCUGAUUUACACGGACUUGUUUCUCAAGGAGGGUGUCCAGCACAGCUACAAGAUCGAGAACAACGUCAUUUUGAGUGCAUUUGAGCUGGAUUUCUUCCACAAAAUGGCACGAACAAUUUCAGGCAAAGGCGGAGUCAGGGACGACCUCGUCUUUGUCUCGGUCUCGUCCGACAGGGAGAAGCAGAUCGAAAUGAGCUGCUUCCUUCCCACGAAGCAGUUCCACGCCGUGAUGGACGCCAAACUGGUUGGUCUCUCGACAGAUCCAACCACCUUUGUGAAUGUAUCGAAACGAGAGCUGCUCUACAUGUACAGAAAUGAGUACAAUACGGAUGUAUCAACCAAGGCAGACCCGUACGUCCCAGUCGAAUACUUCUUUGUGACCUGUGAAGUUGGCUACUCCAACAAGAGUCCCCUCUUUGGAAAUAGAACACUUGAUCGCAUUCUGAUUUCACUUGACAAGUUAUCAGGCUACUUUGAUGGAGACUACCACAACAUGGAGAAGUACAGGAACCUGUUUGUUCUGCUGAGUCUGAGCAAGUUCUACAAGAAAACAAGCAGAAUAUUCCAGGCAGUUGCCCAGGGCAACAAUGAUCAGUUCCAUGCCAUUCUUGGAACUGAUGAGUUUCUUGUUACCAUUGCGCAGCUUGAGAAGCACAGGCAGGUGAAAUGGGAGUGUUCCACAUGCACAUUCAUCAACGAGGCCUAUGUUACACAGUGUGAUAUGUGUGGGAAGCCAAAGGGUUAA